AUGACUUCGCUUCUUUCCACUAGCUCGUCAGGCGACCACGCCAAAAUCAACCAGAUGCGUCGCGAGUCCACCGUCAUGGGUCCCAUGAACAAAAUUUUGGUCGCAAACAGAGGUGAAAUUCCUAUCCGGAUUUUUAGAACUGCCCAUGAAUUGUCGAUGCAAACGGUGGCAAUUUACUCCCACGAAGAUAGAUUGUCGAUGCAUCGACUCAAGGCAGACGAAUCGUAUGUGAUUGGUCACAAGGGUCAAUUUACCCCCGUGCAAGCGUACUUGCAAAUUGACGAAAUCAUCAAGAUUGCCAAAACUCACAAUGUCAACAUGAUCCAUCCAGGUUAUGGAUUUUUGAGUGAGAACUCAGAGUUUGCUCGCAAGGUUGAAGAAGCAGGCAUUGCUUGGGUGGGUCCUUCGUACAAGACCAUCGAUGCCGUCGGUGAUAAGGUGAGUGCUAGAACCUUGGCUAUCAAAAACGAUGUUCCGGUGGUUCCCGGUACUCCCGGUCCAAUUGAAGAUGUGGAGGAAGCCGUGAAGUUUGUUGAACAAUACGGAUACCCUGUUAUCAUCAAGGCCGCUUUUGGUGGUGGUGGAAGAGGUAUGCGUGUGGUGAGAGAAGGAGACGAUAUUGCCGAUGCGUUUAAGAGAGCCACUUCCGAGGCCAAGACGGCGUUCGGCAAUGGAACCUGUUUCAUCGAGCGUUUCUUGGACAAGCCAAAACAUAUUGAAGUCCAGUUGUUGGCCGAUAGCUACGGAAACGUGAUCCAUUUGUUCGAAAGAGAUUGUUCGGUUCAAAGAAGACAUCAGAAAGUGGUGGAAAUUGCUCCUGCCAAGAAUCUCCCUCGGUCGGUCAGAGACGCUAUUUUAACCGAUGCUGUCAAGUUGGCAACCCUGGCUAACUACAGAAAUGCUGGAACCGCAGAAUUUUUGGUGGAUGCUCAAAAUAGACACUAUUUUAUUGAAAUCAACCCAAGAAUUCAGGUUGAGCACACAAUCACCGAGGAAAUCACCGGGGUAGAUAUCGUUGCUGCUCAGAUUCAGAUUGCUGCCGGUGCUUCUUUGCAACAAUUGGGUCUUUUGCAAGACAAAAUCACCACCAGAGGCUUUGCCAUUCAGUGUAGAAUCACCACCGAAGAUCCAGCGAAAAACUUUCAACCUGACACGGGAAAAAUCGAGGUUUACAGAUCCGCAGGUGGAAAUGGAGUCCGUUUGGAUGGUGGUAAUGGAUUUGCUGGAUCGAUCAUUUCACCACAUUACGACUCGAUGUUGGUCAAAUGUUCUUGUUCGGGAUCCACUUUUGAGAUUUCUAGAAGAAAGAUGUUGCGUGCUUUGAUCGAGUUUAGAAUUAGAGGUGUCAAGACCAACAUUCCCUUUUUGUUGGCUCUCUUGACAAACGAGACGUUUAUCAGCGGGGACUGUUGGACUACAUUUAUCGACGACACUCCUUCGUUAUUCCAAAUGAUAAGCUCUCAGAACAGAGCCACCAAGUUGCUCAACUACUUUGGAGAUUUGAUUGUCAAUGGGUCUUCGAUCAAGGGUCAAGUGGGUGAUCCAAAGUUGCUUACCGAGGCUCUUAUUCCUGAGAUUGAUGAUCCUAAAACUGGUAAACCCAUCGAUGUGGACAAUGUGGCUCCUCCUAGAGGCUGGAGACAGGUUUUGUUGGAAGAAGGACCCGAGGCUUUCGCUGCCAAGGUUCGUAAAUUCAAUGGUACUUUGAUCAUGGAUACCACUUGGAGAGAUGCUCAUCAGUCACUUUUGGCUACCAGAGUCAGAACAAUUGAUUUGCUCAAUAUCGCCCCAACCACUGCUCAUGCUCUCAGUGGUGCUUUUGCUUUGGAGUGCUGGGGAGGUGCAACGUUUGACGUUUGUAUGAGAUUUUUGUACGAAGAUCCAUGGAUCAGAUUGCGCAAGUUGAGAAAAGCGGUUCCCAACAUUCCAUUCCAAAUGUUGUUGAGAGGUGCCAACGGAGUUGCCUACUCUUCGUUGCCAGACAAUGCCAUUGAUCAUUUUGUAUUGCAAGCGAAAGAAAAUGGAGUUGACAUUUUCAGAGUGUUCGAUGCUUUGAACGAUUUGGAACAGUUAAAGGUUGGUAUUGAUGCCGUGAAGAAGGCUGGAGGUGUUGUGGAAGCCACUGUUUGUUACUCGGGUGACAUGUUGAAGCCAGGCAAAAAGUACAACUUGGAAUACUACAUGGAAGUGGUGGACAAGAUUGUUGCAAUGGGAACCCACUUUUUGGGUAUAAAGGAUAUGGCUGGUACUUUGAAACCCAAGGCCGCUAAGAUGUUGGUGGGAGCAAUUAGAGCCAAGUACCCUGAUCUUCCCAUCCAUGUUCAUACCCAUGACUCUGCCGGUACCGGUGUCGCUUCUAUGACUGAGUGUGCCCGGGCCGGAGCAGAUGUGGUAGAUGCCGCAUCCAACUCCAUGUCUGGUAUGACUUCUCAGCCAUCUAUUAGUGCCAUUUUGGCUUCAUUUGAAGGAGAAAUUGAUGGUGGAUUGCUGGAAUUGAUGGUGAGACAAUUGGACAAUUACUGGGCUCAAAUGAGAUUAUUGUACUCUUGUUUCGAGGCCGAUUUGAAGGGACCAGAUCCAGAGGUUUACCAGCACGAAAUUCCAGGAGGACAAUUGACCAACUUGUUGUUCCAAGCACAGCAAUUGGGUCUUGGUGAAAAAUGGCUUUUGACCAAGCAAGCUUAUACUGUUGCCAACAAGUUGUUAGGCGAUAUUGUCAAGGUUACUCCAACCUCGAAGGUUGUUGGAGACUUGGCUCAGUUCAUGGUAUCCAACAAUCUUACCGAGGAAGAUGUUAACAAGUUGGCAUCUGAACUUGAUUUCCCCGACUCUGUUUUGGACUUUAUGGAGGGUUUAAUGGGCACACCAUACGGAGGAUUUCCCGAACCAUUGAGAACCAACAUGUUGGGCAACAAGAGACAAAAGUUGACGUCGCGUCCUGGACUCAACUUGAAGCCAAUUGACUUUGAAAGUGUCAAGCAAGAUUUGAUUUCCAAGUUUGGCCCGGAUAUUUCAGAGUGUGAUAUUGCUUCGUACAUUAUGUAUCCAAAGGUGUACGAAGAUUUCCGCAAGGUGCUUGACAAGUAUGGUGAUUUGUCAGUUGUUCCUACCAGAAGUUUCUUGAAGGGAAGCGGCAUCAAUGAGGAAAUCGAGGUGGAUAUCCAGCAGGGUAAGAAGUUGAUUAUCAAAUUGUUGGCAGUGGGAGAAAUUUCGCAGCAAACCGGUAGUCGUGAGGUCUUUUUCGAAUUGAAUGGUGAGAUGAGAUCUGUGACUGUGGAUGAUAAAACUUCGUCUAUCGAGACCAAAACCAGACCCAAGGCUACCCAGCCCAAUGAUGUGGGUGCCCCAAUGGCGGGAGUUGUCAUCGAGGUGAGAACUAAGCACGGAUACGAGGUGAAGAAAGGAGACCCCAUUGCGGUGCUUUCGGCGAUGAAGAUGGAGAUGGUUAUUAGUUCGCCGGUUUCCGGAAAAGUGGGCGACGUUCUUGUCAAAGAGGGCGAUUCGGUCGAUGUGAAUGAUUUGAUCACCAGCAUCCACAAGUAG